CAGCUCGAGCGCUUUACAGGGUCAGCUUGGCGGCAUCUGCCCAAGCUGGGUAGGGUGCGGCCCGUGAUGACAGACAUAGAUGCUGGCAGGGUCAAGGCUGCGCAGGAGGCCACGCUUCGGGAUGAGGCUUUAGUCAUGCGAGUGGCUUCGGAGGUUGCACAGGCCCUCAAACUACCGGGAAAAAAUGUGACGUUAGGACGCAAACUUGUGCGGCUGGGUCUGACGCAUGCGGACAGCGUGGACGGCUUCUGCGCCGAGGCCCUGCAAUUGGCCCCCAUCAGCUCCUCUCUUUUACAGGAAGUGCACCACACGCUCAGGCAACGCUACCGUCAGGCCUACGCCACGGCCGGCGAACAGGCAGGGGAGACGGCAGCGAAGCAGAUCACUGGCGUAGGGAGGACCAUGGAUGGCUUCGUCAUGUCUCCGGCCAAGCACCUGCCCGGUGGGAGCCAGCAGGCAAGCAAGGAGGAGAAGCCUGUUUUCUUCAAGCCGCAGACAAAGGACAACGCGAGCCCUGUGGAGCGGAAGUCGAUGCUGGGAUUGGACCGGCUGGCUGCCAUGAAGCGCGCGGAAAAGGAAACGACGAAGGACACCUGGAGCGGGGGGAAGCCGGUGGUUAAGAAGGAGGAGAGGGAAGGGGAGGAGGGCGGCAAGGGCGGACCCCGCCCUGAGGAUGCGGCGCGGAGAAAGAGCGACUUCCACAGGAGCUCGACAAAGGCCGCGGAUCGUUCAUACAGGCCUAGGCGAGAGCCGGACACGCCCUCGCACCCGGGGGGCGUGAACGUGGAGGCGCGGCGGGGACUGGAGGAGAGGGAGCGGGGGCGU